GCCAACAAGAAGACGCUGUGUCGUCACUUCCUGCAGAUAUUCAACAUGGAGUCGUGCGGAAUGAAGCUGAGUUUCUGGGAGAACGGACCAAAGCCGGGACAGUUUCACUCGUUCUCCGGCGGCAGCAGCGGGUCGAGCACAUCCUGCGGGCCGGUCAGACACACACUUAACCCCAUGGUAACCGGGACGUCGGUGCUCGGCGUGAAGUUCACCGGCGGCGUCAUCAUCGCGGCGGACAUGUUGGGCUCGUACGGCUCUCUGGCUCGCUUCAGGAACAUCUCGCGCCUCAUGAAGGUGAACGGUAACACCAUCCUGGGAGCGUCGGGGGACUACGCCGACUACCAGUACCUCAAGCAGAUCAUCGAGCAGAUGGUUAUCGACGAGGAGCUGCUGGGUGACGGUCACAGCUACAGCCCGAAGGCGGUCCACUCCUGGCUGACCAGAGUGAUGUACAACCGCCGCAGCAAGAUGAAUCCUCUGUGGAACACGGUGGUGAUCGGAGGCUUCUACAACGGCGAGAGUUUCCUGGGUUACGUGGAUAAGCUGGGCGUGGCCUAUGAGGCGCCCACAGUGGCCACAGGCUUUGGAGCAUACCUGGCUCAGCCCCUGAUGAGGGAGGCGUUGGAGAACAAGGUGGAGAUCACCAAACAGGAGGCUCGGGACCUGGUGGAGCGCUGCCUCAAAGUGCUUUACUACAGAGACGCUCGCUCCUACAACAGGCACGAGAUCGCCAUAGUAACAGAAGAGGGCGUGGAGAUCAUUGGUCCUCUGUCUUCUGAAACCAACUGGGACAUCGCUCACAUGGUCAGUGGGUUCGAAUGAAGACGAGCUGCGACCGAUGAAGCAUCGCUGUUUCUCUGCUCAGUCUAAAACACCUGCUUUAUCCCAGUUUAGUUUUUUUUCUGCUGUUCACUGUAACUUUUGUAUAAUGGAAAACAAAUGUGAUAAAUAAAUGUUAAAAAAAGCCUUGUUUCUUGGGUUUAUUUGUACGGAUGAAUAUGACUUUAAAUAACUAACACACAUCAGAUAGACGUAUUACCUCCAGUUGGAUAGUACUGUUAUUAAAAGGGGUGUUUGACACAAGUGAAAUUAACACAUCUUUUGUGGAUUUAAAACCAUGAAAUAAACUUGUAGCCUGUUAAAUCGUCUGCUUUCCUCUGGACGGUAUAAUAUGUUUACUACACGUACAGAUAUGUUUAAUCCAUAAAAUAAGAUGUUCCUAUAUUUUUAUAUUAUUAAACUGGCACUGUAGUACAAAGAGUAAAUAAAGAAUAAAAUAAAAUAUUUCUAAAAAUGUUUAUUUGCAGUA